AUGAAGAUUUGUUUAAGAAUUCAACUUCUUUUCAUUUUCUUUCUUUCUGUAUCAUUUGGUCUUGUCUCGGCAACCAAAAAGUCUUAUAUUGUUUAUCUUGGAGGACAUUCUCAUGGCUUUAAUGGAGCUUCUUUGCAAGAUUAUAAAUCUGCAACUCAGUCUCAUUAUCAGUUCUUAGGAAAUUUUUUGGGCAGUAAGCAUAAAGCAAAGAGAAACAUCUUUUAUUCAUAUUCAAGAUACAUCAAUGGCUUUGCUGCCAUUUUGGAUGAAGAAGAUGCAUUGAAGAUUAAAAAGCAUCCUCGGGUUGUAUCGGUUUUCCAAGACAAAAUACUAGAACUACACACAACAAGAUCAUGGACCAUGCUUGAGAUGGAGAGGAAUGGAAGAGUUCCUCCAAAGUCUAUAUGGGGCCAGUCAAAACUAGGCGAAAAUGUCAUAAUUGGAAACCUCGACACCGGUGUUUGGCCUGAAUCCGAGAGCUUCAAUGACGAAGGAAUGGGGCCGAUUCCAUCAAAAUGGAAAGGAUCAUGUCAGAAUAACACAAAAGAAGGAGUUCUUUGCAAUAGAAAACUUAUCGGAGCAAAGUACUUCAACAAAGGAAUAAUGGUCGAAAAAAUGCUACAUAAACAUGAUCAUCAAGAACUCAAAGUCGGAGAUUCAGCACGGGACAUCAUUGGACAUGGUACUCACACACUCUCCACAGCCGGAGGACGGUUUGUCCCGGGCGCAAACUUAUUUGGUCUAGCCAAUGGGACGGCAAAAGGAGGCUCCCCCUCUGCCCGUGUUGCCGCCUACAAAGUAUGCUGGGCAGGAUGUUCUGCUGCUGAUAUUCUCUAUGGCUUCGAAGAGGCAAUACAUGAUGGAGUUGAUGUGAUCUCAGUUUCACUUGGAGGAGUUGCUUAUGACUAUACAUCAGACCCGGUGGCAAUCGGCGCAUUUCAUGCUGGUUUAGCAGGGAUUCCGGUGAUCUGUUCGGCCGGAAACUCAGGUCCAGUGCCCGGGAGUUUGAGCAAUGAUGCACCAUGGAUAAUUACAGUAGGAGGUAGUAGUACGGAUAGAGAUGUUUGGUCUUUCCUCAUACUUGGAAACAACAAGAAGAUCAAGUGCAGCAUGACAUGCAGUCCAGACUCACUUGAUCCGAAGAAGGUUAAAGGGAAGAUUGUGAUUUGCCUUCGUGAUGACGGUGACUACAGAGUCGCCAUGGGUAUUUCUGUUCUCGAGGCCGGUGGCGUUGGUAUGGUUGUUGUCAACGAUGAGAACUUUGGAGACAACAUUAGAGUUGACCCACACUUCCUUCCAGCCACGCAUAUUACCUACAACGCCGGCACUGUUCUUCAUUCUUACAUUAAAUCAACCAAAUCACCUGUGGGUCAAAUUUCUGCUCCAAAAACACAGUAUGGAGUGAAACCUGCACCGCUAAUGGCAGACUUCACAUCAAGAGGGCCAAGUCUCAUCACACCACAAAUCCUCAAGCCUGAUAUAACUGCACCAGGUGUUGCUGUUCUUGCUGCCUGGCCUCAAGCCAUAAGCCCAACUGGUUUGAACUAUGACAAACGCCAUGUUCCAUUCAAUCUUCUAUAUGGAACAUCGAUGGCCUGCCCCCAUGUCUCUGGCCUUGUUGGCCUUCUGAGAGCAUUACACCCAGACUGGAGUCCUGCAGCAUUAAAAUCAGCUAUCAUGACAACUGCAAGAACAAGAGACAACACUGGCAAGCCAAUCAAAGACUACACCUUAAUAGAAGCAGAUCCACUGACCUAUGGUUCAGGGCAUAUCAGGCCAAACAGAGCCAUGGAUCCUGGCUUGGUUUAUGAUAUAACAAUCAAUAACUACUUGGAUUUCUUAUGUGCACUGGGGUACAAUUCAAGCUCACUGCCCAUUUUUAACAAGAAGCCAUACACUUGCCCUAAAAAACAAAUGAAACUUGAGGACUUGAACUACCCUUCAAUUGCCGCUCCCAAUCUCAUCAAGAAGAUGGUAGUGCGAAGGAAAUUGAGGAAUGUUGGAUCUCCAGGGACAUAUAGGGUUAGGUUUAAGGCUCCGAUGGGCAUAUAUGUGAGCGUGAAGCCAGAGGUUCUUAGGUUUGAUAGGGUUGGUGAAGAGAGAGAGUUUGAGGUUAGUUUGACGGCAGGAAAGGCUAGUCUUGGUGUAGGGUAUGUGUUUGGAAAGCUCAUAUGGUCUGACGGGAAGCACUUUGUGAGAAGUCCUAUAGCAGUCAAUGUAAUGUACUAGUGUCAUUUUUUUCUCUCUUUCUGUGCAACAUUUGCAUGAGAGAGAUUGAUUGAAAAUUCAUUAGUCCCUAAUAAUUUUUUACUCAUCAAAUUCUGUAAAUGAUUCCCGAAGAGGAACUCAAUUAGAAAGAAAACAGCCUUCUCAAAUGGAUACCUUAAAAGCUUUCCUUUACCUAAAGAAGACAAGGAAAUCAUCGAAAAGUCAUGCUAGAAAUCUCAUUAAUGAAUUCUCUUUAUUCUUGCAUUUUCCAUAUAAAAGAGAACAAUAUUGGAAUGAGCUUGCAGUAAUUUAGAGCACUUCAUCAACAAAAACAACUGUAGAAACACAUCUAAAAACUUCUCCCCACCAAACAAUUUGAUUUUUUUUUUUUACUAAAGUGGAAGAUAUAAACCACAAAUUUUAUAAUGAAAGAACACUUACAAGGAUGAUUGCAAACAACCA